AUUAGGUUUGUACAGCAUGGCGUGAAGUUCUCUAUCAACCUAAAUUUUGGCGCGGCCUUCAACCCGUGCUAAAUUUCCGGGACCUGAAGACUUGUGGACCCAACGUCCGCCUUGGAAUCUAUAAAAGCCUCGACCGACGAGCCUUCGAUGCCCUGUGUCUCUUUGGUGCCAGUGAUGAAGACAUUUAUGAUUUAAUCGCACAUUGCCCUGUUAGCAUGGCCAACAGGAUCCGCCAGAUCGCUCUGCGAUGUUCCGGAAUCACUGACAAAGGCCUGGAGGUACUUUUCGGGGGUCUGCCUUCCAUUGUUCAACUCGAACUCUCCGGGUGCAAUGAAGUGACAGAUGCUGGUUUAUGGGCGAGUCUGACGCCCCGAAUAGUGUCUCUGACUCUUGCCGAUUGCAUCAACGUUGCUGAUGACACGGUGGCAGCCAUCACUCAACUCCUACCUUCGUUGUACGAACUCAACCUACAAGCGUAUCAUGUGACAGACACCGCUUUAUCCUUCUUUAGUCCCAGACAGACCACCAGCCUAUGUAUCUUGAGGCUACGGUCUUGCUGGGAGCUUACCAACCAUGGUUUAUUGAACCUGGUGCAUUCUCUUCCAAACCUCGUGCAGUUAUCGCUGUCCGGCUGUUCCAAGAUCUCCGACGACGGCAUUGAGCUGCUGGCGGAGAAUCUCAGGCAACUGAGGUCGCUGGAUCUCAGCUGGUGUCCGCGGAUAUCUGAUGGAGCACUCGAGUAUAUCGCAUGUGAUCUCAGCCAGUUGGAGGAACUCACAUUGGACAGGUAA